AUGGAUGUCGACCAGGUUCCUACCAGCCCUACGGGACGCUCCUCUGUAGCAAGGGAAAAGACAGCACCAUUCCUGAUUCGAACCUUCGUAAAAAUCGGCAGCUUUCAUCGUCUUACACUGUUCGAGGAUGGUAGUCUGCCAACAACAGACGAACAACAGUUGUUCACCUGGAAAGACGCGACGCUGCGCGAAGUCCUAACCACCCUCAGAAACACUGCACCUCAUGUUCCAGAGUACCGUCAUCCCCUUGCCCGAUUCUCGUUUCGAACUGUAUACGCAGAUCCAGGAAAUAAAGGACGGUUCUCAUCAAAAGACCUAGGGCAGGUAUAUUCGAGAGAUAUACUAGGCGAACCAGGUACCUUAACGACUACGGCUCCACGUUUCCUUGAAGACAUGGAUAACGAAAAUCGAGAUCAGACAGAACGGGAGCGGGAAGAAAGAUCAUUGGAAGAGUGGAGGUUUGUACCUGGGGAUUAUAUGUUAGUUGCUGUGAUUUUGCCAAGAAAUAUGGCGUUGCCAUCAGAGGUCGGGGCGAAAGGAGUUGCGAAUGGGUGGAAGUCUGGAAGGGAAAAUCCUGGACCAGGUCCUGGAGCGCCAGGAUUUGGGAGGGGUGGAGGUGGUCACUGGAGAGGAGAUCCGAGUGGAGCGCCGGUGAGAGGAGGCAGGGGAAGGGGAGAACGAGAAAGGGAUUCGGAUAGAUCAGAUAGACGGGCUCCACCACCAAGAAGAGGCUCACCGCCUUCGAGGGGAGAUGGAGGAUGGGGAGGGCGUGGCGGAAGGGCCGGAGGGUCGAGACGCAGUCCUAGGUCACACUCACGCUCACGUUCUCCACCGAGAAAACGCAGGUAG